AGUUCAUCGUCUCUUUCCAAUCAAAGCAGAAAAAUUAGACAAAAGCUUUUAUUCUCCAUUUCUUACAACCAAAGGAACCAGAAAUCCUCCACCCAGAACUCUUUCCGUCUCCGAUCAAAAAAUGGCCGGCCGGUUCGGCUUAUCCUCCUCUUCGCCAGCGGUGAUGAUGACCGUCACCAACACCCCCGCCCCAGAUCUCGCUUUAACCAAUCUCGCCUACUGCUCCCCCACCGAUCUCCAGAACUUCGCCAUCCCCGGCACCAAGCUCAAUCUCGCUUCCGUCGGCGACUCAUUCGUCCUCACCGUCUCUGGUCAUCCAAGCAUACAGAGCGGCCACAUUGCGCUGAACGCAAUCCAGCGGCGGCAUGCUAGGGUUUCUAGUGGCGAUUCUAUCUCUGUGAGCAGAUUUGUUCCACCGGAGGAUUUCAAUCUGGCCCUGCUUACGCUGGAUUUGGAGUUUGUGAAGAAAGGCACUAAGAGUGAACAGGUUGACGCUGUUGCCCUGUCGAAGCAGCUUAAGAAAAGGUUUAUCAACCAGGUCAUGACGGCUGGACAAAGAGUAUCAUUUGAGUUUCAGGGGAUCAACUACAUUUUUACUGUCAAUCAAGCUGCAGUGGAGGGACAAGAAAAGUCUAAUAAUGGUAUUGAAAGAGGGAUGAUUGUGAAUGAUACAUAUUUCAUCUUUGAAACAUCAAAUGCAAGUGGAAUAAAGAUCGUAAAUCAGCGUGAAGCUGCAAGUAGCAACAUUUUCCGGCACAAGGAGUUUAAUCUUCAAACGCUUGGAAUUGGUGGCUUAGGUGCUGAGUUUGCAGAUAUAUUUCGAAGAGCUUUUGCAUCCCGUGUAUUCCCUCCUCACGUGACAAAUAAAUUAGGGAUUAAGCAUGUAAAGGGUAUGCUGCUUUAUGGGCCCCCUGGUACUGGAAAAACUCUCAUGGCUCGUCAAAUUGGAAAGAUGUUGAACGGGAAAGAACCAAAGAUUGUUAAUGGCCCUGAAGUUUUGAGCAAGUUCGUUGGUGAAACUGAGAAGAAUGUUAGGGAUCUAUUUGCUGAUGCUGAGAAUGAUCAAAGGGCUCGCGGAGACCAGAGUGACUUGCAUGUGAUAAUCUUUGAUGAAAUUGAUGCUAUUUGUAAGUCAAGAGGAUCAACUAGAGAUGGUACCGGGGUUCAUGACAGUAUUGUGAACCAAUUACUCACGAAGAUUGAUGGUGUGGAGUCUCUCAAUAAUGUUUUGCUUAUUGGGAUGACAAACAGAAAGGAUUUGCUUGAUGAAGCCCUUUUGAGGCCAGGACGUCUGGAAGUUCAAAUUGAGAUAAGCCUUCCUGAUGAAAAUGGUCGUCUACAGAUUCUUCAAAUUCAUACAAACAAGAUGAAGGAGAGCUCUUUUCUUGCUCCAGAUGUGAACCUCCAAGAGCUUGCGGCUCGCACGAAAAACUACAGUGGUGCAGAACUUGAAGGUGUUGUUAAAAGUGCAGUGUCAUUUGCUCUGAAUAGACAACUAAGUUUGGAUGAUCUUACCAAGCCAGUGGAUGAAGAGAGUAUUAAGGUUACUAUGGAUGAUUUUCUACAUGCACUCCAAGAAAUUGUACCUGCAUUUGGAGCCUCCACUGAUGACCUUCAAAGAUGCAGACUUAAUGGAAUGGUGGAUUGUGGUGAUCGUCAUAAGCACAUUUAUCAAAGAGCUUUAUUAUUAGUGGAGCAAGUCAAAUUGAGCAAAGGAAGCCCACUUGUUACAUGCCUUUUGGAAGGCCCUAGUGGCAGUGGUAAAUCUGCACUAGCAGCUACCGUUGGCAUCGACAGUGAUUUUCCUUAUGUCAAGAUUGUUUCGGCUGAGACAAUGAUUGGUCUUCAUGAGAGCACCAAAUGUGCACAAAUUGUGAAGGUUUUUGAGGAUGCAUACAAAUCACCGUUGAGCAUCAUUAUCCUUGAUGAUAUUGAAAGGUUACUGGAGUAUGUUGCUAUUGGUCCAAGGUUUUCCAAUUUGAUAUCUCAAACACUGUUGGUCCUACUUAAGCGUCUCCCUCCAAAGGGUAAAAAACUUCUGGUGAUUGGAACAACAAGUGAAUUGGGCUUCUUAGAUUCAAUUGGUUUUUGUGAUACCUUCUCUGUCACUUACAAUGUUCCCACACUAAAGACGUUGGAUGCAAAGAAGGUGCUAUCACAAUUGAAUGUUUUUGCUGAUGAAGACAUCGAUGCGGCAGCAGAGGCCCUGAACGAUAUGCCCAUCAAGAAGCUCUACAUGUUAAUUGAGAUGGCAGCUCAGGGCGACCAAGGAGGAUCUGCCGAGGCAAUCUACUCCGGAAAAGAGAAGAUAAACAUCACUCACUUUUACGAUUGCCUUCAGGACAUUGUUCGAUAUUAGUUUAUAUGGCAUUGUUCUAGGAUAUGAAAACCACAGAAUUCUUAUCCUUCGAUAGUUGGGUUAAUUAUUCACUCUUAUGUUUUAGAUACUCCCUCCCACUUUUCGUUUUUGCUUUUGUUUCGGGUUUUGUUGUUGAGGAAGGGAGAGAUGUUUUUUUUCGCAGGCUAGUGCUUUCCCCUGUUGGGAUCAAUCCUUGGUUGUUUUGAGUUGUACGCUGGGUGUAGUAUUUUAUAGAUUGAGGAGAACAUGGAGGGAUAUUACAGUCCCAUGACUAUUAUUUCGGCAUACUUGAUUUUUGUUAUUCGUUAUAUGAGGGGUAAUACACUGCCAUGUGUAAAUUUAUUGCAUUAUUGGAUUGAGAUGCCAUGAUGGCGGCAGUGGACCUGUUUCGUGUAAA